AUCUCUCCUGUGGCAGGCCUCCCACAGUGCAAAAUGCCAUUAUACCAAACCAGAAGCCUAGGUAUCAACAUGGGGACACAGCACGUUAUGAAUGCAGGCACCCUUUGGGCCUCUUUGGGAAAGCAGUGGUGACCUGCUUCAGUGGGAAGUGGACAGACCCACCUGAGUGCAAGGCAAUGACUUGUCCUAGCCCACCCAGCUAUGACAACGCCAUCCUCCUGGGCCAGCCGAAGAACUCAUACAAGUCAGGAGAACAAGUGGCUUAUGGAUGUCCAGAACAUUACCAAAUGUAUGGAUCCAAUGUUGUAGAGUGUAGGGCCGGCACUUGGAUAGGAACCCCCACAUGCAAAGAUCUCUCCUGUGGCAGCCCUCCCACAGUGCAAAAUGCCUUCAUACCAAACCAGAAGGAUAGGUAUCGACAUGGGGACACAGCACAGUAUGAAUGCAGGCACCCUUUGGGCCUCUUCGGGAAAGCAGUGGUGACAUGUCUAAGUGGGAAGUGGACAGACCCACCUGAGUGCAAGGAUUCCACAGGAAAAUGUAAGGCCCCUCCUGCUAUUGACAAUGGAGACAUUACCACAUAUAUGUCACCAUUCUAUGCUUCGGGGUCUUCAGUGGAGUAUCAAUGCCAGGCCUACUAUGAACUUGAGGGAAACAGGAGAAUAAGUUGCCGUGAUGGACAGUGGUCUGAGCCACCCAAAUGCUUAGCAAUGACUUGUCCUAGCCCACCCAGCUAUGGCAACGCCAUCCUCCUGGGCCAGCCGAAGAACUCAUACAAGUCAGGAGAACACGUGGCUUACAGUUGUCCAGACUACUACCAAAUGUUUGGAUCCAAUGUUGUAGAAUGUAGGCACGGCACUUGGAUAGGAACACCCACAUGCAAAGAUCUCUCCUGUGGCAGGCCUCCCACAGUGCAAAGUGGCAUUAUACCAAACCAGAAGCCUAGGUAUCGACAUGGGGACACAGCACGUUAUGAAUGCAGGCACCCUUUGGGCCUCUUUGGGAAAGCAGUGGUGAAAUGCUUACGUGGGAAGUGGACAGACCCACCUGAGUGCAAGGAGUCCACAGGACAAUGUGGGCCCCCUCCUGCUAUUGACAAUGGAGACAUUACCACAUAUAUAUCACCAUUCUACGCUUCGGGGUCUUCAGUGGAGUAUCAAUGCCAGGCCUACUAUCAACUUGAGGGAAACAGGAGAAUAACGUGCCGUGAUGGACAGUGGUCUGAGCCACCCAAAUGCUUAAAUGCAUGUGUAAUAUCAGAAGAAAUCAUGAAAGAACAUAACAUACAGUUGAAAUGGUCAUAUGCAAAAAAAAUUUAUUCCGGAACAAAUGAUUAUGUUGAAUUUGUGUGUCGACCUCCCUAUCGUAGAGUGUCACCAGCAUCUGCAUUCCGAGCACAAUGUCUAGAAGGAAAAAUGGAGUUUCCCACUUGUGCAUAAUGAGAGCUGUGUGGCAGUUUUCACAUUAAAAUAUGUGCCUUCAUUCAGAAUUUUUAAUAUUAAUCUAAUCCUUCUCAAUUUAUUUUUCUAGUUGGGUGUAACUCACUUUUAUUCAUUAAUCACAAUUCCUUUUAAAUGCCAUGUGGAUGAUGUCAUUGUAAUCUGAGACCAACAGACCACUUCUCAUAAGCAUCUCAUUAAAAUGUGACAAAGCAACA